AUGUCCUCCAACGCUCGCGAUAGGUGCCGCCUUCGGUUUCAGAUCGUUGACGCAUUUCUCUCCUCCUCCCGCUGCGUGGCGGCGGCGGCGGCGCGGGAAGGAAGAGCGCGCUCGGCCGGAAGCCUGAACAGCGGGGUCAUGGACGGGGCGAGCGGCAGCUCUCGACGCUCUUCGUCCGAGGACAGCGACGGAGACCUGAACGGCGAGGGAGAAGCGACAGGGGGGGCCGAGCGAGGCGAUGGAGACGGCGGGGACGACGCCGCCCGGCGGCGGCUGCUCCGGCAGGAAUACCGGACGCUGAUCAACAUGGUUCAGCAUAAUCGUGAGACGAUGCUGAGUACCAGAAAUGAUAAACUGACAGAAACACUAGAAGAAGCCAACAGAUUGUUUACUGGAGUGUCCCGAGCCAGGGAGGCUGCUCUGGAUGCUCAGGUCCUAGUUUUGGCAUCAAAUCUAGGAAAGGAAAAAGCAAGCCAGUUGCAGUCAGACAUGACAGUGUUUGAUCCAUCUGCUUUUGCUGAAGAUCUAUUAUCAUUCAUGGGUUUAAAUCGUCUAGAAGGAGAUGAAAGUGAUAAUGACAGUGAGCAGCUUGCCAGUGGAUUUUUGCCUAGCAAUGCUUGGCACAAGCUUGGUGAAGAAGCAAAAAAGUACUUUAGAAGAGCACCUACUUUCCACUUCAUGUUGGGAGCUUUCACUGCUGAUCCUCCUGUUCAAAGGCCACGAAUUGAAAGGCAGAAGAAAGCAGGGCCAGCUGAAAAAAGGGUCAUGCCUGCACAGCUGAAGAAGAUGGAAGAAUCUCAUCAGGAAGCCACAGAAAAAGAAGUAGAGAGGAUCUUAGGAUAUUUACAAUCCUUUUUUAGAGACGAACCUGGUGUUCCAAUAUCCUUCCUUGAGUUUGUGACUGAUCCAGAUUCUUUUCCUCGUACUAUAGAAAAUAUGUUUCACGUAUCCUUCCUAAUAAGGGAUGGGCUUGCAGGAAUCAAGCUGGAUGAGGACAAACUUCCCAUAAUAGAACCUUUAUAUCCAGAGGAAGGAGAAAACAAUCAGGAUACUCAAGCACGGAAACAAGCAGUCUUAACAAUGAACUAUGAAGAAUGGCAGAAUAUUGUGAAGACUUUUGAAAUUUCACAGCCCAUGAUUCCACCAGCUAACCAGGAAACCCAGUGA